GAGAUUAAAUAUGACUUGUGUGCGCCGGUGUAAGCGCCUCAGUUUUCUUCUGGGUAUCCGCUGUGCCCCUUUGCUAGGUCAAGUCCUCAUCUGUAUGCAAUAUUCAUUGCUUUAUGCCUUUAGACUGUUCAUCUGUGAUGUUCAGUUUUUCUUAGUUGUCUGGUAUGCAAUUGUGUCCAUGUUUCUGAUACUCUGCUGCUUGAUCGGUACGUUGGUGGAUUUUCUUUCUCUUUACACGCAUCUGCUGUAUGCUUCAGCCUCCAUGCCUUCUUUCCUUUAUGCAUGCCUGCUGAGCGCUUCGGCCUCCAUGCCUUCUCUUCUGCGUCCACGGUACGCUUUGGCUUCUCAGCCACCACCUCUCGCGUCCACUGCACACUGUUGUUCUACAGUCUUUUACCCCUCUUGUGUCUGCGCACGCUGGAGUUUAUUUCCUUUUUCUAUGACUCUGACGUAUUUUUUUCUAACUAAUUCUCUUAUUAGUUCUGGUUAGGGUGGUUGGUUGGUGUUGAAUAUUCGGUCUUGCAUUGGAUAAGGCAGUUAGCCUUGGUUACCCUUCGCAAGUUGGAUCCCGGAUGUUUAC